UUAGACUGUUCUCCAGUCAGCUGACUGCUAUCACCGCUCAGUAGUGAGUAAGAGUUAACGCGUCGCUGUAGAACUGCUGGAACACGUGAAUGAUUCUUCGAAGGAGUCGAAUUCAGCUUUUUCCACGUCAAUUCGUCUCGUCUAGAAUGAAGGAGAGGAGAAUCAGUGAGCGGCUGGUGGUCCGCUGUAAACUGGUGUUAGUGGGAGAUGUUCAGUGCGGAAAAACGGCUAUGUUACAAGUGUUGGCUAAGGACUGUUAUCCCGAGACGUACAUCCCGACAGUGUUUGAAAACUACACUUCAGGCCUGGAAGUAGAAGAACAACACAUUGAGCUUAGUCUGUGGGAUACAUCAGGUUCUCCAUAUUAUGACAACGUCAGGCCACUCUGCUAUAGCGACUCUGACGCUGUGCUGCUCUGUUUCGACAUCAGCCGACCUGACACUGUGAACAGCUCUCUGAAAAAGUGGAAGGCAGAGAUAAUGGAUUUCUGCCCCAAUGCACGCAUCCUCCUGGUUGCCUGUAAGACAGACCUGCGUACUGACGUGUGCACACUGAUGGAGCUGUCCACGCAAAAAAUGGCUCCGAUUACUCACGAACAGGGGUCUUUACUAGCAAAGCAGGUAGGAGCCGAGGCAUAUCUGGAGUGUUCUGCGUUCACGUCAGAGAAAAGCAUUCACAGUGUGUUCCGUUCAGCAGCGCUGGCUUGCCUCGAGAAACUUCAGCCGCCUAUCAAGCCAAGCCCCGCCCACCGAAAACGCCUUCUACACCGGCCCAGCAAGAGUGAACAUCUGAGCUCCUCCUUUAACAAAGAGAGGACCAAGAGCUGUUCAGUCAUGUGAUCCAAACUUUUUGUCCCCUGGGAGAGAUUGACAAGGGCAGUUUUGAAGGGAGACAGGAGGUCUUGACCUUCUGUCCGCUCCCAUCUCUACCGUCUCAACAUUUUGCCUUUUCAGUUAGUCCAUCCAAUUUCUUUAUCACAAAGAAUGUAUGUUGAUGAAGGUUAACUGAUUCUAUUUAAUAGAGAGUUUUAGGUUAAAUUGCCUGAUAUCAUUUUAAUUCACAUAAACCUUAUGCCCGGUUUAAUUAAAUGUGCUAUUUCUUAUUUAUGGUGCAUAUGUAAUGGAGAGCUGCGAGAUCAUGCAUUGCAGUUAUAAAAUAAUUCGUCCUGUACCAGAGUUACUAGACAUUUAAUAAGAAGAGUGAAUCAAUGGUUAUCAGGUCAUGUAUAUGAAAGUGAGCGACAGAGGAGGAUGCUUUUGUUAGAGGACAAAAAAAAGUAAGAGCAUAACUAGAGAAGUUUUUAAAGAGCAGCUAUAAAAUAAAGAGAGAAUGUGUUGACUACUUCUCUGUCUCUUACAUACAUGCACAGGCAACAAUGAGGCACCCUCUCUUGUCCAUCUUUAAAUUUCAGUAGAUGAAUGACGAAGAGAACAGAUAUCCUGGACAGUCCUUGAAAUGGCAUAAACAUCGCAUGGGAGGUCUUUUGAUGGCCUUUUGAUAAAGUUUGGAUGGGGCUCGACCUUAGAGUAGCCAUGGACCUUAGAACAUCCUGUCAGAGCAAGACAGAAGAGAUUAGGGGGAUUAGUUGAGGAAACAGGAUGACAUUUUAUCCCAGACAAGUCUGAUGAGAGAUUAGUUAUAAGGUAAUCCUAUUGAACGUGCCUGAAUAUCUGGCUUGGCUUUUUAAGGCUACCUUUUUUUUUUCAUUUUUAAUGAUCAAAUGUCUCUCAGAUUGAUGUCUUAUAGUAAUUAGCUUAUUUAGACUUUCAGCGCUUAACUGGAGCGUGUAUUAGUAUUCGAUUCAACACAGUUUCUCCGAUCUAAGGGUGCAGCCACUAGCUUUAUAUCUGUAUCUGUUUACUAUUCCAAAUGUUCAUAUGUGAAUUCUGAUUAAAAUCAAACGUGAGCGUU